AUGUACAUUCGCCUCCGCCAUGUUUGUCCUUUGAAAUUGUUAUCUAGUGUUUGUCAUAAUGAAGACAGAUUUUGGGAAUCGCUAAGACUGGUUCCGUUGUUCAAUAGUUCGUUAUCUCUUCGAAUAUUAAAAAAAUUUUUACGAUAUGCAACCACAUUGGCCUAUCAUUGCAGCGAUGUCAGGUCACCCGACUAUUGCUAA